AUGGGAAUAGGGGAUGAAAACCCAUCUCUCUCAACACCAUUCAGUGUAGAUCCCUUGACCAAGAAUGCUGGUUACCCUUUUCAGCAUGGGAUGGGCCGCCCGAAUCCUCUCAUGGCUACAAGCUCCGGAUCGGCCAAAAAAUUUGGUAAAGGGGAUACACCUAGUGAAAGUGCAGCGCCCUGUUUGUCAUCUAGAGUUCAGUCUCAAGGUGAAGAGGAUAGGCCAGAUUCAUGGGAAACAAGCGAUGGCAAUGCCGGGUCACCCCAGGUAGAAGAAAUGGGAUGUGGUGAUAUGAUUGAGGAGCCAAAAACAGGGAUGGAGUUUAAUUCUUUAAAGGAAUUAAAUAGCUAUUAUAAGUUAUAUGCUAAAAUAUGUGGAUUUGGAUCCAUGACACAAAGGAGUGAGAGGGAUGACAAAGGGAGUGUCAGAUAUGUCACUCUUGGUUGUGCUCGUGGGGGAAAGACUCGAAAUAAAACGACGAACAUGGGCAAACCACGGCCGACAGCUAACACUAACUGUAAGGCAAGGAUUAAUGCCUUAAAAGUUGAGGGAAAGAUGAAGUUGACCACAGUUAAUAAUACACACAAUCACAGACUGAGCCCACAGAAAUCGCGCUUCUUCCGUUGUAAUUGUGAAGUAAGUGAGGCUGUAAAAAGAGUACUAGAUACUAAUGACCUGGCUAGCAUCCGAAUGAACAAGAGCUUCGGGUCUCUUGUUGUUGGCGCGGGAGGGUUUGAGAACCUGCCAUUUUCGAAAAAGGUUUGUCGCAACUACAUAGAUAAGGCAAGACAUCUGCGACUUGGAUCAGGUGGUGCUGGAGCGCUUCGAGACUAUUUCUCUCGGAUGCAGUACAAGAAUCCCAGAUUCUUUUAUUUGAUGGAUUUAGAUGAUGAUGGGAGGUUAAGGAAUAUAUUUUGGGCAGAUCCACGCAGUUGGGCAGCAUAUCAAGAUUUUGGUGAUGUGGUAACAUUUGACACUAUGUACUUGACGAAUAGGUACGGGAUGCCCUUCGCACCCUUUGUUGGUGUAAAUCAUCAUGGCCAAUCGAUUCUAUUGGGGGCAGGGUUAAUUUCUAGUGAGGACACAGACACUUUUAUUUGGUUAUUCCAGACUUGGCUGCAGUGUAUGGAUGGUCUAGCCCCGCCAACUAUUAUUACUGACCAGGACAGAGCAAUGAAGAAUGCAAUCGCUGUUGUAUUUCCAAAAACUCGGCAUAGAUUUUGCUUGUGGCAUAUACUUAAGAAAGUCCCUGAGAAGCUAGGCUCUCAUCGUGCCUACAAAAGUGGCCUGAAAAGUCAGCUAAUGAAAUGUGUGUAUGACACUCAAAAUAUUGAAGAAUUUGAGAACUCCUGGGAGCAGUUAAUUAGCACAUAUACCUUGCAAGAGAAUGGCUGGUUGCAAAGUUUGUACUCUGAGCGCACGUAUUGGGUACCGGUCUUCCUGAAGGAGUAUUUUUGGGCUGGCAUGAGUACCACACAACGGAGCGAGAGCAUGAAUGCAUUUUUCGACGGGUAUGUUCAUGCAAAGACAAACUUGAAAGAGUUCGUUGACCAAUAUGACAAUGCAUUGAGAAAGAAAAUCAAGAAUGAAAUCAGCGCGGACUUCCACUCCUUUAGAGUUACAGUUCCAUGUAUAUCUAGAUCUCCUAUAGAGAAGAUAUUCCAAGAGUUGUACACGAAUGCAAAAUUUAGAGAAGUUCAGCAACAAGUUAUGGGUGUGCUCGAUAUGGAUCCAUAUCUACUUAGACGGGAUGGUGUGAAGAAGACAUAUCUGGUAGAAGAUGAAAUGAUUACUCGUGCAACGGGUUCAAAAGAGCAUAUUGAAGAUGCGACAAAAAAGUUAAAUGCAAUGAUUGAGUUAUAUGGCGACAAUCAAGAACCCCCUUCAAUGACCAAAAUAGGGGAGGAGACAACCAUCAUUGGUAGUUCGAAGCAAGUUAUCAGUCCACGAGUUGUGCGAAGAAAAGGCAGACCCCCAUCCCUGAGGAGAGCAUCCAGGAUGGAGCAACACAUCCGGAAAGGAAAAGCGAAGACAAAGAAAGCAAAUUUAUUAGGAAAACGUAAAGAGAGAGAUGGAGGAUAUACGCCAGCCCAAGACACAUUUAGGAAUUUAUUUGGGCCAGCAGAGAUGGAUGGAAACAUGCAGACUAUUCGAGUCAGCUCAACAUUUGACAUUAGCGGAAAUCAAAAUAUGGCUGGGAGUCAAGAAAGUAUACUAUUUGGGUUGGAUGGAUCACAACCUGUACUAGAAGGAGUGGAUGGAUCACAACUGCAGGAGUGA